AUGUUUUUCCGGGCAUUGCUGCUAUUCGCUCUAGUGCCAUUCGGCUCGGCAUUCUUAUGGGAUCUUCUGGGCCAACUGGGACUAGGAGGUGGUGGUAUGGGCGGUGGCAUGGGAGGCGGUAUGGGUGGUGGUUAUCCUGCUCCAGCUCCGGCUGCUUGCUGUGCUCCACCUCCUCCCCCACCUCCUCCUCCUCCACCACCUCCACCUCCUCCACCACCCCCUCCACCACCUCCAUGUGCAGGACCACCUCAGCAACCAUCUUAUCCACCUCAAAUGAUGCAAAAGCCAAUGCCUCCUCCUAUGCAAAACUACCCUCCUCCACAACCCAUGUCUUAUGCCAAACCCAUGCCUCAACCGAACUAUCCUCCUCCACAACCCAUGUCUUAUGCCAAACCCAUGCCUCAACCAAACUAUCCUCCUCCACAGCCCAUGACUUAUUCUAAGCCCAUGCCAAUGUCAGGAGGUUACGCGAAACCUCCACCUCCUCCUCCACCACCAUCUGGUGGAUACGUUACCGGUGUUGGUUAUAGGCGACGGUAUCAAAGAAGACACAGAACUAAGAGAUCCGGUCAGCUCUUCGGAGUCAGCAGCGACAUUGAGUGCAACAAUACAAUGUUGAAGAAGAUCAUGAAGAAGGCAAUAACGGAAGACGAGGCUGAAUCGCGUACGAGGAUAAGCGCUCUUCUUCGAGGGGAGGAUGGUCAGAUGGCCGUUUUCUGCACAUCAAGUCCUUUCAAGUUCACGAUAUCGGACAAUGCCGAAUUCUGUUCUGUGAAGAACGACAAACUGACGUGCUAUGCUUUCUCAUUCUAG